AUGACAGCCUCAUUUCUUAUCCGACCGCGCCGCGGCUUGUCGCUGCUGUGCGUCAUAGCCGCAUUUAGCUUCAGCGUCGUCAUGGUGAUUUGGUUUGGCAUGAACUCCGACAGAGAAUACAUUCACCCCAUGCUCACUCAGUUAAUCCCCGCCGGACACUGCGCAUGCGAAUCCUCUACUACCUUCCAAUGCUCAACAUGCCUCACCUGUCCCGAACCGGCCUUCCUUGACCUUGAAGAGAUCUCUCCCGCUUGGUCCUACGAAUACGCUCGCGACGGUCGCAAUGAAGCCCUCAGUGAUAGCCAGUGCAAAGCUGCCUUCCCGGGGUUAUUUGAGGAUAUCGCGCGCGGAGGCAAAUUCUGGUCUUCGCACGGUCGCUUGUCAUCGGCGGAACUCGAUGCGAUCACAAUCCAACAUGGUAUGGCGCGGGCUUUUAUCUCUAAAGGCCAAUUAUAUGUGGUCAUGGCGAGAUCUAAGGGUGAAGAUCAUCGACGAAAAAUCCUGGGGACAUUAAGCUCAAUCCAUCGUGCGCUGGCCGCCGACCCGAGACAAGCUUUUCGACCUGACAUUGAAUUUAUUUUCUCGGUGGAAGACAAGGUCGAGGAUGUGACCAACUCCGAAUUACCGGUCUGGGUCUUUUCGCGCACUCCCACUGAACAAGGGGUUUGGCUCAUGCCAGAUUUUAGUUUUUGGGCGUGGGAUAACCGUGAUAAUUACAUGGGACCGUAUGACCAGGUGGUGGAACGAAUCAAACGAUUGGAUAUUCCCUGGUCUCAGAAAACGCCUCAGUUAGUGUGGCGGGGCAAGCCCAGUUUCGCGCCGAAAUUACGACGCGCGUUAAUGGAGGCCGCUAGAGAUAAAUCGUGGGGCGAUGUUAAGCAGGUUGAUUGGCAUACGGGUUCCAACGUCCUCAAGAUGGAAGAUCAUUGCCAUUACAUGUUUAUUGCGCAUGUUGAAGGUCGCUCUUAUUCGGCUUCAUUAAAAUACCGACAGGCUUGUAACUCCGUCAUUGUCGCACACAAACUUCAAUUCAUUCAACAUCACCACUAUCUUCUAGUGGCAGAUGGUCCCAAUCAAAACUACGUCGAGGUCGAGCGCGACUUCAGCGACUUAUCUGAAAAGAUGGAACCCCUGGUCGCCAACACCGAAGUUGCCCAGCGCAUCGCCAACAACAGCGUCACGACCUUCCGUGAGCGAUAUCUGACCCCCGCCGCUGAAGCCUGCUACUGGCGGUCUCUGUUCGAUGGCUACGCCAAUGUGUGGAACGGGACCGUCGAGCAGUGGUCCAAAAGGGAGGAACGCGAACGAGGCCUUCGAUACGAAUCGUUUGUCCUUCUUGAGAGCGUGAAGAUGUACGAAUUCGAUGCUGCUAUCUCUGAACAAUGGCAGGCGAUAUUAUGA